AUGGCUGAAGGAGUUUUGUUUGACAUUGCCGAAAAAGUCCUGGAGCAUCUGGGAUCUUCAGCUCUCCAAGAGCUUAGCUUGGCCAGUAAUGUAAAAGCUGAACUCACCAAGCUCGAAGAAAUUGUUUCCAUUAUCAAAGUUGUCCUUCUCGAUGCGGAAGAGCAACACAACAGCAACAACCAAGGGGUCAAGGUCUGGCUCAAGCAGCUUAAAGAUGCAGUUUAUGAUGUGGACGACUUGCUAGACGAUUUCUCCACUGAAGUUUUACGGCGAAAGACAAUGAAGGGGAAUGAAAUGUCAAAAAAGGUGCGCAUUUUCUUCUCGAAAUCAAACCAACUCUCAUAUCGUCUCAAGCUGGGUCAUAGAGUUAAAGCUUUAAGUGGAAAACUAGAAGCAAUUUCAGCUAAUAGAAUCAAGUUCGGAUUUAAUGAGCGCCUUGUAGAGUCACAAAUUCAAAGUAGUGAAAGAGAGCAAACGCAUUCCUUUGUACGCUUAGAGGAAGUGAUUGGAAGAGAUGGUGAUAAAAAUGAAAUUAUAGAAUUGCUACUGGAAACCAACUCUGAAGAAAGUAUUAAAGUUGUCCCCAUUGUUGGGAUUGGAGGAUUAGGAAAAACUACAUUAGCUCAAAUGGCGUUUAAUGAUGAAAAAGUUAAAGCACAUUUUGAGCUAAAAAUAUGGGUAUGUGUGUCAGAUAGGUUUGAAGUUAAAAUAGCUGUGGAAAAAAUACUAGAGGCUGCAGCUCAAAAGAAAGUUCAACAAAAUUGUCAAUUGGAAACAUUGCAAAAUGACCUCCGAAAGGAAAUUGAUGGAAAGAAAUAUUUGCUUGUCCUAGAUGAUGUGUGGAAUGAGGAUGCACAGAAGUGGUCUAUGGUGAAAAGUCUGUUAAUGGGGGGAGCUAGAGGAAGUAGGAUUGUUGUAACUACAAGGAGUGAAUUGGUUGGAAGAGUUACAAGCACAAUUUCACCAUACUUUCUAAAAGGUCUAUCAGAAAGUCAAUCUUUGUCCUUAUUUAAGCAAAUAACAUUUGAAAAACAAAUCCAAACAUCCAAUUUUCUUGACCUAGAGUUAAAAACAAUUGGAGAAAAGAUUGUGAAAUACUGUGCAGGGGUUCCUUGAGCAAUUAGGUCCAUUGGAAGCUUUUUAUGCCUUGAAAGAACCAAAUCAAAGUGGUCACGUGUGCUUGAAAAUAUAACUCAACAAGGAACUGGUAUUGGGCCAAUUUAAAGGUUGAGUUAUGAUCAUCUUCCAUCACAUUUGAAGCAAUGCUUUGCUUAUUAUUCCUUAUUUCCAAAGGAUUAUAGAAUCAGUAAGCAUGCUUUGAUAAACUUUUGGAUGGCUCAAGGAUUUAUUCAGUCACCAGACAGAGGCCAAUCUCUAGAGAAUGUUGGUCAUGAUUACUUCAUGGAUUUGCUUGGGAGAUCUUUCUUUCAAGAGGCAGAAAAAGAUUAUUUUGGCAAUAUAGUAAGUUGCAAGAUGCAUGAUCUGAUGCAUGAUCUUG